AUGGUGUCGAAACGUGCUUCAUUUUGUUUUAACCCUGGACGACAAUCUAUAAAUCCUCAGAUACUAAUUAGGAUUAAAGUGCCGAACAACUCGGCCAAUAUCUACAAAUGUCACGUCUGUGGUAAGGCAUUUAGUUAUUUGAGUAGUCUUGGUCGUCAUGUAAAGAUACAUGCAGUGGAUAUUAACUAUAAUUGUGACCAGUGCUUACGACAAUUUUCCAAAGAAUCAGAUUUAAAACGCCAUCAGGGAGUUCAUUUGGCUGAUAAAGAAUUUAUUUGUGAUUCACAUGUUCGAAUUCAUACUGGAGAGAAACCCUAUAACUGUGAUGUUUGUAGUAAAUCUUUUGCAUUAAGAAGUCAUUUGUUGACUCAUAUUGUAGUUCAUACAGGAGAAAAACCUUACAGCUGUCCAGCUUGUCAAAAACGUUUCGCGGAUCGUAGCACGAUGGGCCGCCAUUUUAAAAGUCAUAAUGGUAAUACUGAAUAUCGAUGCCCACAUUGUGAGAAAACGUACAGAGACAGAACAGAUGAGUUGAUGGAUCAUCGAGAGACUCAUGGACCCAACCCUUAUGAAUGUGAUCACUGUAGUAAAUCAUUUAGUUGUAAUUCUAGUCUACAGCAACAUCGUCAGGGUCAUGGUGAAAAGCUUUUUUCUGAUCUUAAAAAACAUCUACGGAAACAUACUGGAGAAAAACCUUUUAAAUGUGACGUCUGUGGUAAGAAGUUCUCAUCGUCCAGUAGUCUUCAUACUCACAUUAAGACGCAUGAUAAUCCAGUCUACCCGUGCAAAGAAUGUGACAAGACUUUUACAUCCAGGUAUCGUUUGAACGCACAUCUGAAGAUACACACCGGAGAGACUAAUGUACAUUGUGACGUCUGCGAUAAAUCUUUUAGUUCCAAAAGAAGCCUGGAAUGUCAUCAAAGGUACCACAAAAAUGACGACAGCUUCAAAUGCUCAGUUUGUGGUAAAAUUUGCGGCACCAAUUCUCAAUUACAGAGUCAUUUUAAAAUGCAUUCAGAUGUACGCACUCAUCAAUGUACAUACUGUCAAAAAUGGUUUCGCGACGCCCGAGACUUGACAAUUCAUAUUCGUAUUCACACUGGAGAGAAACCGUUUAAAUGUGAUGUUUGUGAGAGAAAAUUUACUCAGAGAGCAGCCUUAAAAAAACACAAAAUGACUCACGACGGAACAAAGAACUUCACUUGUGAUGUUUGUAGUAAAUCAUUUGUUCAGAAAGUUUCCCUGCAGUAUCACUAUAGAAUACAUACUGGAGAGAAACCAUUCCAAUGUGAUAUCUGUCAUAAAUCAUUUCAGAGACGAUACUGUCUGAAUCUUCAUAUUGAUGCUACCCACAAGAAAGAGGUGAAAUUUAAAUGUACUGUGUGUGAUAAACCAUAUUAUACUCGUUCCAACUGGAGAACACACGAACAGAAAUGUCUAAAAGAAGCAGGAAAGAUGAAGAAGGAAGAGAAAAUAGUGAAAGAAGAUUCAGAAGAAGAAUCAGAAUAAUUGUUUGAUUUUAAAAAAGAAAUAAAACAGACUGUUCUUGUAUAUUUUUGUGGGGGGAACCAUUGGUGACUCAGUGAGUUAGCCUAUUGCUUGCUUACCUGAAGGUCCAGGGUUCGAUCCCGGCAUAAGUUGAGGUGAUACCUUCGGAUUUUUCAACCCAGUUCCCCUUGUCAGUGACAUUUCCCGUUUUCUUUUUACUAUGAAAUUUUGAUGUUGACAUUUAUUUAGAUAUUUUAGUAAGAUAUUAUUUCUAUAUUCAAUUUAAUUUGGAUAACUUUUGAAUGAACUGAAAACAGUUUAUUAAUCCUACAAUUUGAUUGGUCAAUUAAUGUGAUUUGACCAAUGAAUUUAAUGCAUUGUUAUUCUAAGUGUAAUAAAAAUGUUUUGAUAUUGAA